AUGGUCAUUUAUAACAUAAACCCCGACAUCAAUGAGGAAGCGGUGAUAUUGAGUGACUACAAGACAUCAGUACUGUUAGAGUUUGAGGUGAUAUUACCGUUAACUCUGAGCGGUAUAGUAGUAGUGGCCGUAACACUACUGGUGUGUGUAGUUAUACACAGACGGCAUCCGAACGACACAUAUCAUAGCUCAAAUAACAGUCGUAUGAGUAAUGGUAAGCAGAAUAUACUGAAUGGUGACGAUAGCGUCAAUCUGUGUGAUAUGGAUAACAAGACGACAACUAAUAGCGCUAAUCGUAAUCCGAUGACUGCCACCACUGGUAGUGAAUAUCAAAGGCCGCACAACAACAGCCAGAAGUGUCUAUACUUUCCCACGCCGUACGCCACCACUCAGAUCGACGAGAAUCUCGAGUUUGUCGACAAUACGGGAACCGUUAGGAAAGUGAGUGAAUGCGGACAAUACGCCACUGUUAAGCGGAUGACACCUAAAAUGCAUCCCAAAAGUGAUCUCCAUAUAUAUAGCUAUGCGGUGAACUCACAACUGAGUGCUACAAAAGAAGAUUCUGAAGCACUCAUUACAUAUCUGGUUGAGCCGAUUGGCGGCGGCAACGGUGGCGGACCCAGUAGUUACGGACCCACACCCACCCAUUGUUGCUCUUUCAUUGAUAACAAUCAAACAAAACUAAAUUUUUAA